UCAGCUUGUUGCUAUUUGUCUCACACAGAAUAAAAGUUUGCGUGGGGUGAUACUGAGUACGGACUAAACCCAUUUGGGUUUACAGUGAAAAUAUACCCUUUUCAUUUUUCUAUACACUAAGGACUAUCUUGUGGCAGGUCUUGGCAGAUCGCCGCCGUAUGGACGAUGAGGAGGAUGAUGUGUUUGAGCCAGACUCCCACUGCUGGCGCACAGACUUCAGGGAGAUAAAGUACGAGGACAGGGGAACCCAGACACCCAGCCCUGUCCUGCCACUGCCCAAUAAUAUGCUGCCCUGCGGGGUGGCCCAGGAGCCCAGACCACUCUUCUACGGCAACGCAGGCUUUCGAUUGCACUUCCCAGCGCAGUUUGAGAGUGUUGGAGACCAGGGGCCUCUGGGAGAGCGAGGGGGGAUGGAGCGGCUCAAUCGGCAGCCCCAGCUGCCAGCACGCAGCAUAGAGGUCUGCAUUGGACAGAAACUCCAACUCAUCGGAGACCAGUUCCACCAAGAACACCUUCAAGUGUAUCACCGAAACCAAAGGAACAUGAGGCCCUUGUGGUGGCGCCUGGCCUCGGCUCUGCUCACCCUGCUGUUUGAGCAGGAGGCCAUCGCUGGAGGGGGAAGAGCAGGGUGGAGGUGAUGGAGAGGACCAGCCCAGCCCAGACUACCCCUCUCCCACAGGAACUGGACUCCAAAUGGCACUGUCAAAUUUAACACGGGUCUGUUGGGGAAAAAUUACAAAAGAGAAAAGGUCCCCGCGGGACGGAGACAACCAUUUUUUACGAGGUUGUUUUUUUCCAAGAAGAUGCCAUGUUGUUUCACGAGAUUCCUCUACUGGACGAUGUCCUUAUUUUGGUAAUUGUUUGAUGUAGUAUUUUGUACAGUACAUUAUUCCUGUUGAAUUUGUUUGCACUUCCGUAUGUGUACAUCUUGAAUGACCUCCAUGGUCCCGGGAAUGCCUUGUCAAUGUCUUCUACCACAACCCAAUGACUGUUGACAAGAACCAAGCAGAAGAAAGAAAGAGAUGGAGGGAUCUGAAGAAGGGAAAGAAGAGUGGUUCAUAGGGUUUUCUUUUCUGAAGUUUCCAGGAAAUAAUUGGUCAAACUUGAUAACUUACUAAUUUCCAAAGAUGCAGUCUCUCAGAACAAAGCAUUUUUCACCUCAACCUUCUCCUCAAUGGGGUUGUGUAUACUGUUAUAUUACAUGUUGAUUAUUCUUUGCUCUUCCAGUCACUUUUAUUGUUUUGAUUUCAAUAAUUGUUGUUUUUCCCAUUGUCACCAAAAAUAAUGAAACAUCCAUUGGCUUCCGAUGUGGUAAAUGCCACUUUGUGGUGUGAAGGUAGAUCCAGUACAUAGCCGUGGGAAAUAGGGGUGCUACAGCACCCCUUGAUAAA